AUGGCUUCUUUGAAGGAAUCAGAUACUUCAACUAAUGAAAAUGAACAAAAUACAAUGACUGAUCCACAAUUUAUUAAUCAUAAUAAUAACACUGUUUCAAAUAGAAAUAGAUCAAACCGAAAUCUAAAUAAUAAUAAUAAUGAUAGUAGUAUGGAAGAUGAAAUAGAUAAUGAAUUAACAGCAGAAGAAUAUGGUGCACCAGAACCAGAAAGAAAUCCAGGAUCAGAUAGUAUAUCAUUUUUUAGUCCUGAAUUUGCACCACAAAGAAAACAUAUAGCAUGGAAAUUUUUAAUAAAUAUGUUAGCUUUAUGUACUUUAAUUAUGGCUGCAUUUUCUAUAUAUUGGGGUUCAUAUUAUGAUAGACAAAAUUAUUUAAAAAAUUUAAAUUUUUUGGUUGUUAUUGGAGAUGAAAGAAUUAAUGGAGUUGAACCAAUAUUUGGAAAUACAAUGAAUCAAAUAUUACUGACACCAUUUGCUAAACAAAUUGGAGAUUGGCAUAUUUAUGAUUAUCAAAAUUUUGCAAAUGAAGCUUCUAAAAGAGGUAAUACAGUUGAAGAAGAAAUUUUAAGACAAGUUCAUCAUCAAAAAUAUUGGGCUUCAAUAUAUUUAAAACCAGAAGCUACAUUAAAUUAUCAAAAUGCUUUGGAAAAUGGUGAUUCAAAUUAUAAUAUUACUGCAAACACUAUAGUAGUUCAUUAUGAAACAGGAAGAGAUUUUUUAAAUAUGAAUUCAUAUAUAAUACCUCAAAUUCAAAAAAUUGAAAAACAAUGGUUAAAAUUACAACCAAAUACAAUUGAAAAAAUUAUAAAUAAUCAAAUAUUAAUAGAUUCAACACUGAAAAUUCAAAUUAUAUCAACUCCAUUAUCUUUUGAAUAUAUAGAUAGAAUACCAUCAAAUGAUGCUAUAUUAAUUGCUCCUUUACAAGUUGGUAAUAUUUAUAUGAUUCUUUUGACAUUUUUUGCAGCAAAUUUUUUUACAAAUACUCAUAUGAGAAUUGCAAGAACAAGAUUAAAUAAAUUACAUUAUUUAGUUUAUAGAUGGAUGACUUCUGUAUUAUCAUUUGCUGUUUUAUCAAUAUUUUUUGGAUUAAUUAGUUUAGCUUUUCAAGUUGAUUUUACUGUUACUUAUGGUAGAUCUGGUUUUUUAGUAUAUUUUUGUAUUACAUGGUUAACAAUGAUUGGUGUUGGAUUAGCUAAUGAAAUUGCAAUAAUGAUUAUAGUUGGUAUAAUACAAAUUCCAGCAUUAUUAAGUUGUUGGAUGAUAAGUUGGAUUAUCCUUAAUAUAUCACCUUCAUUUUCAAGUAUGGCAUUAACUAAUAAUUUUUAUAGAUAUGGUUAUGCAAUGCCAACUUAUAAUGCUUUUGAAAGUACAAAAACUGUAUUUUUUGAUGUUUAUAAAGGAGCAUUAGGUAGACAUUUUGGUAUUUUGGUUGCUUGGAUUGUUGUAUUAACUGUUAUAUUCCCAUUUGUUUUAAUUAAAUUUGGUCGAAAUAUGGCUAAAAAAGGUCAAAGGGAAGCUGCAGAAGCAAUAUCUAAAGCAAAAGCUCAAUUAGAAAAUGAAAAAUCAGGUGCUUAA